AUGGAUACCUUACCAUCGGAGCUUCAGAUUCAAGAAACGGCCCGACCAAUGAUUGAUGGUUGUCUUGAAAUUGGGCAUUAUGCUCAGCUCGCCCCUUGGAAGGCACCAUACGUGAAGAUGAAAAAGCACAUGGGGCCGUAUCUUCUUGGUCGAUAUGUCAAUAGAUUCAUGAAGAGUAGUGGACAAGAGCGUCAUUUCAUUCUGAGAUCUACUGGACCAAAGGAGCCAUAUCGCUUACCCGUUGGGCUUCGAUUCAAAAUUCAGGACUUGACAAUAUUCAAUAUCGCACAUACAAGUAUGUGCAACGGUAUUUGUACGGUCUAUGAUUCGCUCGGGGAAAAGAUGGAAGGCGAAAAUGCAUCCUUUGUUUUUCCUUAUUUUGACACUGAAUCAGGUCUCCAAGGACCAGGGACUUUCGCUCAGGGCUACAACAUCGCGGAAGGAUUAGCUCGAGGGGAGGUAGCAGCGUUGUUCCUCUUCUUGAAAGCACUUUUCCCAACUAUGCUCAAAGUGCAAUAUCUCGCCGAUAGCCAAGAGAUGGAGAUGGUGUUGUUGAGCUACGCGGAGUCGGCAUUUGAACAGACUAAAAUGGAUACUCCUGACGAGCUGCUUGAGUGUGGUCUGGAGAAGCCAGGAAGUCUUCUUGAACAAUGUUGGAAGAUUCGGUCGGUUGUGAAUGACACUGCAGAUGCAAGGCGGGAUGCAAAUGGGGCUCAGCACUCGACGGGUGACCAUAGACGGGCCUUUAGGCUGAAUCAAACAUUAAGGAUGAAGUAG